AUAAUCGCGAUUUGUAUAUUGUCGUUGCUCAGUUUGUUCAUGAAGCCAUGGAAAUAUUAAUGAAAAUCUUUAACUUUUAAGAGUAUAAUAAUUUUAUUCCGCUGAACACUACAGUACUGCUGCUCCGUCGGUCUUUGGCGGGUCUUCCCGCUCUCGUCUGCCAAUUUUUGUUUUAAUCACUGAAUUAAUGUGCUUAUAAUUAUUAUUAAUUAAAUUGAUAAUAUUGUAAUGUUAUUUGCUCCAAACAGUCCAAACGACGAUUGUAGAACAGAUAAUAUUAUUUUUUAUCAUCGUAAUAGCGUAAUCCGAAUUAAAGAGAGGGUAACAUUUGAAUAACACUGUAGAGACCUUCGUUUCAUCUGUUAACACUUCAACAGUUGGUUAAUAUCUCGUCCUGCAAAAGUCUAUAUUGCUGAAAAUAUCCAUAUUCGAACAUUGGUAUUCAAAAUCAAGGUACUUAAAAUGGAUGCGUGCUUAGCCGUUGAUCGUGAGGUUGACAAAGUAUUGUCAAAAUUUAAAGACAUGAGUAAAAGUUAUAAUAAUGUACUGCAGGAAUUGAUUGAUAGUCUGGAAAUAAUACAAAAUGAUUGGAAAACAAAUACUAUAAAAGAAGAAAAUAAAAUGUCGUCAAUUAAUUGUAUAUCAAAUUUAAUUCAUAAGUCAAAAGAAAAAACACAAAAGUUAGCUAUUGAACAUCGAGAACUACAUAGUACUGUAUCAAAAGUGGGAAAAGCAAUUGACAGAAAUUUUAUAUCAGAUUUUGAUGCAACUUGUAAACGAGAUAUUUUUGAUGAUCCAAAAAAUGUUACAUUUCUUAACCAUAUUAUUUGUCAACAUUUUUAUAGACAAGGAGACUUGGAUAUUGCUGAUGAACUUGUCAUGGAAUCUGGAAUAAAUAUGGAACCUAGCAUAAGAGAACCAUUUGCUAAGUUGAAACACAUUAAAGAGUCUUUAAUCAAAAAAAAUAUUUAUCCUGCGUUAGAAUGGGCAAAGGAAAAUCGAGCAGUGUUAGAUACUCAGAUGUACCCGCCAUAUCCAUUGGUUAAAAGAAUUUCUUCUGCUUCCAAUUUGCCAAUUCGUAUUCCAUAUUUUGCAAAAAAAACAAAAUUUUCUGGUGGCAUAAUGAAACCAAGGCCAAAGACAAAAAAAAUUAAAAGAAUGGAAUUAGCAAAAAAAAUAUUGCACCAAUUUUAUAAGAGUUCUGCUCUUGAGUUUAAACUUCACCAACUUGCAUUUUUAUCAAUUAUUCAAAAGGGCGUAGAAUAUCAAACUGAAGCUGUUACAUAUGCCCGUGCUAAUUUUAGUCAAUUUGUUGACAGAUACGAAAAAGAAAUUCAAACUAUGAUGGGUAUGUUACUGUUUGUCCCACAAGGAAUCAAUAAUUCACCAUAUUCAGAAAUAAUUCAAGAAAAUAUGUGGGAUGAAGUUAUCGAAUUAUUUACGAGGGAUGCUUGUACUUUACUUGGAUUAAGUUGUGAUAGCUUACUAAAUGUCAGUGUUAAUGCUGGAUGUGCAGCUCUCCCUGCACUUUUAAAUAUUAAACAUGUCAUGACACAACGGAAAGUAAAUGAUAUUUGGAAAGGAAAAGAUGAGUUGCCUAUUGAAAUUGAUUUAGACGUGGAACAUAGAUAUCAUUCAAUGUUUGCGUGUCCCAUUCUUAGACAACAAAGUUCAGACAUCAAUCCUCCUAUGAGACUUAUUUGUGGCCAUAUUAUUUCCAAAGAUGCUUUAAACAAAUUAGGAAGCUCGAAUAAAUUAAAGUGUCCUUAUUGUCCAAUGGAACAAAGUUCAUCAGAAGCAAAACACAUAUGUUUUUAAAUGUGUUAACUACCAAUCAUUCAACUACAAUUAUUGUAAAAUUUAAUAUUUUUAUCAUAAUUAAUAUAUAUUAAUCGAAACUUUCAAGACAUACUUUUCAACUUUUUACUAUUUAAUUUCGACUGCUUUAAACAGAAAAAGUAGUAUUAACAAUUUAAUAGGACAAUUUUCAGAUUACUGUUUAACCUAUAUAAUUGAAGACAUGACUUUUUCUUUCUAAAAUUAUAGUUAAACUGUGUACACAAAGAUAAUUAAGUUAAUUUUAUAUCCAUUUAUACUGUAUAAUUUAAUAUAAUUGAAAACGAUUUUUGUUUAAAAUAUUUUUGUUCCUAUAUAAUUAUAUUUUAGUUAAUACAUUGAGUACCUCUCGUAGUAUUUGGCCUGUAUUUUAUAGCGAUGUUAUAAAAACAUUAAUGAAUAAUAAUAACUUACAAACAUAGAAGUGUAAUCUUGUGCUUGAGUUAAUUAUUAAGCUGUUAAAGCAUGUGUUAUUUGUUGACAGUCGUGGAGGAAAAUGUUACAAUUAUUGCUGACAGAGGUACUCAAUGUGUUACAUUCAUGUUAUAUUAAAAAAUUGUUGGAAAUUUAUAUAUUUAGAAUUCAACCAUUAUUGUAUUACAAAAUAAUAAGUGAAUUAUUUCUA